AUGGAUACCUAUUUCGAGCGCCUCUUCACCUUCCACACCACGGGCUCAGAGUCUGGCGACGGCGAGGGCAUGAAGUGGCCCAUCAACACCCUCCGCCCCGAGGACAUGGCUGGAGCAGGUUUCUACUACACCGGUAUCGAAACCAAGACAUCUGACAGCGUUACCUGCUUCUCGUGCCAGAUGCAGGCGUGGAAGUGGAAAAGGAAGGACAACCCUUUCACCGAGCACUCGACAGGCUCGCCCAAGUGCGAGUACGUCACCACCCAGCAGUUCGACGACCGCCACAACCUUUUCCUCAUGGAGAAGGAGGGCAAGAAGGCCUCCAAGCAGAGCAGCCCUGACACCCUGGACGGGCCUGCCACUCCCCCCGAGACGCCCACCAAGCCCAAGACUAUCAGGAGACCCAAACGCAAGAUGGCUAUGUCGCCCAUCGUCACUAUCUAUGACAGCGCUCCUGCCGACAACCAGGCACAGAAUGCAGUUCACCAUGACACCGGCAGGCAGCCCGUUGAGAUUGCCAUCACCGCGGGUAACACCAAGUUCACCAUCCAGGUGACCGAUGUCAGCCCCAGAGGCAACAAGCGUCUUCGGGUCGAUUAG